AUGGCUAAUGAUGAGAGUUUUGUAGCUCUUGUGCACUAUAGAUGGCCAAUUAAGAAGAAAAUACGAUCAGGAAUUAAGUUCACUGACAAGGACCAGUUGAGUGUUUUUCUCAAACCUUCGACCAGUUUCGCUGAGUUUAAGAAUACUAUACUCCAGAGACUAGGACUGCAUGGUGUGAAACAGGUGGAGAAGUUAUUCUAUAGAAUUCCAAUUUCCGUGUUACGUGAUGAUGUGAAGUAUGAUUCAUUCGUUAUUAGCAGUGACGAAGAUAUGCAGGUGUUGUUUCAUUGUCGUUGUCAGUUUCCUAAGGUUAGGUCUCCAAAGUUGUUAGCGAAGCUCGUGGAUGUGGCAUCUAGUUCUGGAGGUUCGAAUAGGAAUCUGCACUCCACAGGACAUCUAGCCAGCUCUAGUGCCAUGCCUAUUGGAUCUUCGUCAGCAGUGCUAGUGAUUGCACCCGAGCCAGCUUUAGUGGCUUCACCAUCCUUUGCCGUUAAUCUGAAUCACAAUUGUGAUGCAUUUGUUGGUGAAGCUGGACCGUUGGGAGGGGGUGCUUUCAUGGCACCCAGUUCUUCUCCAUUUGUUCCGAUUUUCGGGGAGGUUGGAGCACCCGAUGGGGUUGAGGAUGCAUUGCAUGAUGAUGAUGAUGAUGAUGAUGAUGUGGAGCCCGCAACGAUUACUGAUGAUAGCGACGAGGAGACACCACGGACGACUCCACCUGUGGGUGGGGGAGCAUCUAGUUCAGGUACUAAUCAGUACCCCUCGCACUUCUCUGCUCUGGACUUGGAUGCCAUGGCACCUCAGGAGGAUCCCUCUGUACCUGUUGGCUUCGGGGCAAGAGACACGCAAAAUGCAGUAGGUGUAGCUGAAUUUCAGGUCGGUCAGCAGUUUUAG